AUGCAUUAUGACGACUCGAGGAAAGUGAUCUACUGCGUUGUUCCCAAGGUGGCGAGCACCAGCUGGAAGAGAGUGUGGCUCAGGAUGACGAACUGGAUUAAUCCGCAAGCAGAACUUCGCACCUCCCCCAGGUACGCCGUCCACCUCAGUCUCCCCGUGCUGGCCUUCGACAGGAAUGCAGAGGAGAAGCUAAGAACGUACAGGAAGUUCAUGGUGGUGCGCCAUCCCUUCGAGCGGGUCUUGUCUGCCUACAGAGACAAGCUGGAGGGCGAGUACGAGAACCCCGGCUACAGCUUCCACAAGCAAGUGGGCAAGCGGAUACAGAUGAAGUACAGGGGCGUCACCUACAGGGGGGGCCACAACGUCACCUUCGCAGAGUUCAUUCGCUUCAUCUCCGAGGCGGGGCGCGGGACGCCGGAGCAGAGGAACGAACACUGGCGGCCCAUGCACGAGCUGUGCCAGCCGUGCGCUGUGCGCUACGACUUUAUCGGCAAAUACGAAAAUCUGAAGGAGGACGCGGACUACCUCCUCCAGUGGCUCGGGCUGACGGACCUGGUGGACGGGUUCCCCGCGUCGGACAACAGGACCUUCCACGCCAGCCGCCUCGACUCCAAGUACUUGGGCCAACUCAGCCACAGCGAUAUCAUGGCCUUCCACGCCAAGCACCUGGCGGACUUUUUGCUCUUUGACUACAAGUUCACCUGAACGAACAACACAGACGGGUAAGGGGAGGCUGUGGCUGAGUGGUUAGUGUGGCGUUCGCCGCGUUCUGGAUGAUAUGGGUUCUAAUCCGCCGUUACCACCUGGGAUUUUUCAGUCACCGCCGAGUGGCCUAAAUCUACCCACAUACUAUCCUGAAGACCGCAUAUCUACCCGAACUCUAGAUCGAGGAACUGUUUUUGAGUGAAAUCAAGAAUGAGUUCCAGGGUACAGCAUAAGCUAAGAAUACAUGGCGCCACUAUAAACACUUGCCAUGACGGCCUUGUGCAGACCACCAGGGGCCGUAUGCUCAAAAGGUGCGAGGGAGCAGCUGGCUCCCUCACGCCGGCCCGCCUCAUUUCAACCGCUAAGGUUUAUGCUCAAACGUGUACGAUACACAAAAUGAGGUAUUAAGCGUUCUUUCUUUUGCUAACCGCUUUCCAAAAUAAUUUCAAGGUGGCAGAAGCCUUCUGAGAUAUGAAACUUACCAUUAAAAAUCUCAAAUAAAACAGCAGCCUCUUGUGGCGAGAGAUGGCAUCCACAGGCCUUAAUAGGGUGGCGUGCACCUUCAACCCCCUGAUCAAAACAAAACAAAUAUGACAAUGCCUCCUAACCCCUUAUGUUAACCUACCCAGA